UCUGUUCAGUCAUUCAGCGUUGGGAUUGACUGAUCGAUACAUGUGUUAAUUUGCACGGGAUAAACUUGCAUAUGAAAAUGACCACGCGGUCUGGCGAAGAGUGUGCUUCUCAGGAAAAUAUGGACUUAAAUAGUUCAAUUAGGGAACUUUUAGUAGAAAUGCGCGAACAGAAAAGAGAAAUAAGUUCUCUAAAAGAAGAAGUUCGAGGGAAUUCGCUUUCCGUGCGUUCUGAAGUUAAAAAAUUGAAGACGGAACAUGAACUAAAAUGGCGAUACGAAAGCAACAAAAUUCAGCACGAUUUCAAUUCGGAAUUGCACGAGAACAUUAGCCAGGUGCUUUGGGCAUUUGAAAACAACAAACAAGAGUACGCUCGCGAGCUAGUUAAUGACGCUUGUGAACAGUUAAAGCGACGAAACAAGCUUAUCCGUAUAGCAGACACGUCUGAGGGCGGAUGGGAGACGGUACGCCAAUAUGAGGCAAACCCCGUGGCUAGCGACUCGAGUGAUGAAUCAAGGAUCAACAGAGCGGAGGCAAGAGCAGCAAAGAAGAAGAAGGCGAAGUCAAAGAAAAGUGUUAAGCCUUCCGCUACCGUCACUUCCGGAAGCUUGCCACGUGGCGGAAACACGUUUUCGUUUCCGGUGCAACAGCAGCGCUCAGGACCCAUGCAGCAACUGCAUUCUUUUCAUCCCCAUUAUUUCAAGGGCAAUGCAAGAGACGGAAUUGGUCCCUGUUUCGCUUGUGGAGAAACCACCCACCUCAGACGCCACUGCCCCUACACCCGGCGGAUCCCGCAGCUUGACGUCCCUUCCAAACAGUAGUCACAGACCGCAGAACCCGGUUAUACCAGACGUAGAUUUAAAAGAUGAGUAUUUAUCGUUUACUGAUAACUUUGCUAACAGUCAGGAAAUAUUUACUGACGACUAUUAUGAGUACGAACAAGGCCAGAAAGAAAUACUGGUUAAAAGUAGAUUAAAAAAUCAUGUGCAAUUUUGGAGAGAUAUUGGAGCUAACCAAUUCAUUUUAGACACUAUUCAAAAUGGUUAUAAAAUUCCAUUCUUUUCUUUACCAGACCAUGUACAUUGUCGAAACAAUCGUUCAGCUUUAUAUGAAAAUAAUUUUGUGACUGAAGCUAUAAAAAGUUUGUUAGAUCGCGGUCUUAUUGUGAAAUGUACAAAUGCUCCACACGUUGUUAAUCCGCUGACAGUUUCUUGUAAUAAUAAUGGUAAAAAACGGCUUAUUUUAGAUUUACGAAAGGUUAAUCUUCAUGUUUGGAAGCAAUCAGUAAAGUAUGAAGACUUGCGUUUAGCAUUGAUGUAUAUAAAAAAAAAGAUUGUUGGAUGAUUAAGUUUGAUAUAACGUCAGCAUAUCAUUUUGUGGAUAUUUUUCUGCCACACACAGAUUAUUUAGGUUUUGCCUGGGAAGAUUAUUCAGGUAUUCUGGUCUAUUACAAAUUUUUGGUUCUUCCUUUUGGUUUGUCGUCUGCUUGUUAUAUCUAUACAAAAUUAAUGAGGCCAUUAAUUGCAAAAUGGAGAGGCGAAGGUAAAAAGAUCAUCAUGUUUUUAGAUGAUGGUUUUGGCACCGCAGAGACAUACGAUAAGACAGUAAUUAUGUCACGGGAAAUUAAAUCAGAUUUGUUGUUAUCCGGCUUGGUGCCCAAAGUUGAUAAAUCAUGCUGGGAGCCAGUGCAAGAACUACAAUGGCUAGGAUCUCAGUUAAGUACAGCUAAUUUCACCGUGCGUAUAUCGGGGUGUAGAAUCGAUAAAGUUCUACAGACACUUAGAUUUUUACAAACUUCGGACUAUGUUUGUGUGCGAAGAGUUGCUAGUUUUGUGGGACAAAUUAUAUCUAUGGAGAUACGGAAGUGAAGUUGAUGGCUUGCCAGAGGUCUUGGCGGAGAAGGUAUUCUUGCUGCCCGAGUUGCUUAAAGUCACCAAAGCGGAAAACACGCACCUCAGUUACAAAAGGGGCUUCAAUCGAUGGCGUCGUUGGGGGUAUGCUAAUGGGCUUUCAAGCGGGGAUGCCUUGCCCGCCAAGGCUUUUCAAGUUGCGCUAUAUUUAGCGUCAAUUAUACAAACAGCUAGUAGUGCAAGUCCGAUUAUAAAUGCGUUCUACAGUAUUAAAUAUUAUCAUGAUUUAUUUGAUUAUGUAUCACCUACUGAUUCAAGACUUGUCAUUAAUAUGUUAGAAGCUGCAAAACGGCGUUUAGCGAAACCUGUGAAUAAGAAAGAACCAAUGACUGUUGAUUUACUGCAACAAAUGUACACACAUAUGUAUGUUGAAAAUGAUGUUAUGAAUCAAAGAUGUAUUUGUAUAUGCAUUUUAUCAUAUGCUGGGUUUUUAAGAAGUGCAGAGGUACUAAAGUUGAGAAGGAGUGAUGUUUGUAUUAACAGUAGUUACUUAAGUGUAUUUAUUGAAUCUAGCAAGACAGAUAAGUUCCGUGAGGGAGCAUGGGUGCUUAUUGCUAGGACAGGCACACAGUUGUGUCCAGUAGUCAAUUUACAGAAAUACCUUACUUGGACAGAUUUUUCAUCGGAAUCUGAAUGUUACUUGUUUCGUCGGUUAAGUUCAACGAAAUGUGGACAUAGGCUCAGACAGGAAAACAAGCAUUUGCCAUAUAGUAAAUUUAGAGAAUUGUUUUUGAUUGCGUUUAAACCGCAUGUUCAAGACAUAAGCAAAUAUUGCCUUCAUUCUUUGAGAGCUGGUGGCGCAACUGCUGCGGCUAAUAAUGGCAUUCCUGACAGGUUAUUUAAACGUCAUGGUAGAUGGCUGAGUGAAACAGCUAAGGACGGCUAUGUUAAAAGCUCAGUUGAUGAGAGGUUAAGGGUUUCAAUGUCACUUGGAUUAUAACCAUCAAUGCAUUUUAUAAUAAGCCAAUUAUUAUUUGUACUAUACUUACAAGCCCGUUCUUUUAAUUCAGUCGGUCAUACCAAUGACUUACCAAAAAAUAUGUUGUAUUUUUGUUGUUUUUCCCUAUCGGGAGCGUAGUUGUAAAGGGAAAUAUUGUUUUCGUCGUUUGAGCACGUGCGAAUUAGACGAAAACUACUUUCCCUUGUCAAUGUAGUUUCCGAUAGGUGGCUCUGUAAGAGAGCGUUUUACUCGUGGCCGAGUAACUCUGUUCAGUCAUUCAGCGUUGGGAUUGACUGAUCGAUACAUGUGUUAUUUUUUUAUUUUGUUUUGAAUAACAGUAAGAGUAACAUUACAAACGUUAUUGUUUAAAAGUGUAAUCUACAUGCUUUUUACCUUGGUACGAGCUAAUUUUGAAAUUCAGGAAUGUGUUUUUUACAACAGGUCAUGCGUUUAUCCACAUUACGUACGCAUUUAAUGUAUUCAAUUUAUACAUGUAUACCAGUAUCAUAAUAAUUAUUAUUUAUCCCACUGAGGGAUUCAGUCUCCGGAAGAGACGAUAGGCGUGGCUGCCUUUAUAGUUGCUUACGAGGAGGGACUCGUGUAGGCAUACAGUAUGCCUGGUGAUGUAGCAGUCUACGUUGAUAGGCGUGGCUUCCUUUAUAGUUGCUUACGAGGAGGGACUCGUGUAGGCAUACAGUAUGCCUAGUGUCGUAGUAGUCUGUUGAUAGGCGUGGCUGCCUUAUAAGUUGCCUACGAGGAGGGACUCGUGCCGGCAUACAGUAUGCCUGGCGUUGUUGUAGACUAUGUUGUAUGUUGUAACAAAGCUUUUGUGUGUAUUCAUGUUUUUUAUGUAUGUUUGAUGACUAUGAAAUAGUAAUACACGGUAUCAGUCAGUCGGUCAUACCAAUGACUUACCAAAAAAUA